GAGUUCAUUUUGUGAAGCUGUGACCAGUUUUCCAGUAGACCAUGAGCUUGCUGAGGGCAGGAGCCUACCUGUCUUUGAUCUUUGCUUCCGUGGGGUCUAUCCGGGUGCCUGACACAGCAACUUUGAAGAUGGAAGGGAUGGAGGGAGAGCAGAUCCUCAAACACAGCCUGUAUCUCUCCCUGCUCCCCACCCACCCUCCAGCUUUUCAGCCAGAGUCAUUUGCUCUAAGGCCCAGACCGUGGCUCACCUAUCACGGCUACCCAAGUAGUAUAGGAAGAGGAAAUUUGAAGAGAAAAGGAGGCACCUGGGAUGAGCACACAGUGAGAAAAGACAAUGUGAAGGCAUGGCAAGAAGACAGCCAGCUGCAAGCAAGGAGAGAGGCCUCAGAGGAAACCAACCCUGCUGACACCUUGACUUUGGACUUCUAGUCUCCAGAAUUAUGAGAAAAUAAAUUCCUGUUGGUUAA